AGGCAGAUGUAUUAUAUAUUACUACAGUGCCUGAUUGCAGUCGUUCUAAAGAUCUAUGUAUUGAAAAUUGUCUGACUGAAUAUCUGUGCCGACUGAGUUAGAGUCUAGACUAUAAUUAUUGACACGUCACUAUUUCUUAAUUCGACAAAACAAGCAAAAUGAAAUACCUGUUCACGGUGGUUGUUGCUGUGUUCGUUGGAUGUGCUGUUGCUGAAAAUUGCAUUCACGACAGUGUUACAUACAACAAAGGAGACCUUAUUCCGUUCAACGAUUGUAACAAUUGCCUCUGUGUUGGGCCUAAUAUACAAUGUGAUUUGAAGCCGUGCAAGGAAAUACCGGAAGACAAAUGUGAACUCAAUGGAAAGAAAUACAAGAAAGGAUCCCAAGUACAGUUCAACGAGUGCAACCAGUGCCACUGUGUUGGGCCUAAUCUAAAAUGUGACAUAAAGCCGUGCACUCCAAAACCUGAGGUCACGUGUGAACACAAUGGACAGAUAUACAAGGUAGGCGACAUACCGUCCGACGAUUGCAACACAUGUGAAUGUUACGAAGCUGAUGGUGUGGGACAAGUAUAUUGCCGUCGUAUAUCGUGCCUUCGAUUACCCGACCCGGUAUGCGAGGUCAAUGGAGUCAUAUAUAAAGAUGGGGACUACUUUAUGUCCGAUUGCAACAAAUGUUCGUGUGACAUGGGUGAAAUUUUGUGCACGUUAAUGGGUUGCGGUGACUAACCAUUAUAUUAAACAUCCAAUUCCAGAAGUUGUUUGAAAAGCAACUAGACAAUUUAAUAUUAAGUAAUAAAAGUUUUAGUUUAAAACAGGAAA